AUGGGUGUCUUCUCCUCAAUCCCACAAGGUCCUCCUCUGAGGAUUGUCAUGAUUGGAAAAACUGGAGUUGGGAAAAGUGCAGUUGGAAACACUAUCCUGGGCAAAAAGUACUUCAAGUCUCUGGCGAGUCCACAGUCUGUGACACAGACAUGUGAGAUGGAACGUAUCCCAGUUCGAAGAAGGAUCCAUGUGAUCGAUACACCCGGCAUUCUGGAUACAUCUAAAAGUGCAGCGAGCAUACAAAAAGAAGUUGCAAAAUGUAUUCAUGUGUCCACUCCUGGCCCUCAUGUAUUCCUCUUAGUCCUUCAGAUUGGCAGGUUCACCUCAGAAGAAGAAAACUCUGUGGAAGCUCUGGAGAAACUCUUUGGACCCAAGCUGUCCAAGUACAUGAUCAUUCUGUUCACACGUGGUGAUGAGCUAAAAAAUAAAACCAUAAAGGAGUAUGUGCAAAGCGGUCACCCCAAACUUCAGGAGGUCAUAAACAAGUGUGGCAACCGUUACCACGUCUUCAACAACAAACAGAAAUGGAACAGAGCUCAGGUGGCCAAGCUGAUCAAGAAGAUUGAUGAGAUGGUGGCAGCGAAUGGGGGAAAGUAUUACACUGAUGAAAUGUAUGAGGCUGUGGAGAAGAAUUUGCAGCAGCAGACAGAAAGCAAGCCAAAUGACGUCUCCUUCAGUGCUGAGCUGCUCCAAAGAGUUAUGCUGUUUCAGGCAAUCCUAAAUGCUGCCUCACAAAACAAUGCCGACAACCUGGAGCAAUGA